AUGGUGACGAUCUGUACCUACAAGGCACAUACACUCGCAUCCGAGUCCUCGAUAGACAUGCUCAUGCAAGCAAAAAGGAUAAAGUACGACGUCAUCGGCCUGGUCGAGACGAGAAGAGGCCAGCCUUUCAACGCCGUCUAUGACACCAGAGAGGAACUGUUCUUCGAACAUGCGAUAGUACAGGAGUCGGCGGCGUCGGCGUUCUCAUCAACACGAGUUUGUCCAUGA